CAUAAAGAAGAAAAUCACCAAAAACAAACAUAACCGACAAUCAGAACAAUAACAGAAGGAAUAUGCUAUCUAUGCAAACGAAACAAACAACUUUCGCAAGCUGACUCAUCCAGCAUGUGAAAUACGAGCACAAAUUUAAAUUCAUUCGAGUCAUUAUUUCGGGAACUCCACAUGCUGCGAACGCGAUUGUGAAACCGAUAUCAUCUGUGUUCUAUCCGAGUGUUGAUCCUUAACAGGCUGUGGAAUGUCGUCCGAAUCGGAUUGUCGGUCGAUUCUUUCCCGGGCACUGGAUGCUGACGAAGCUGGCCAGAAGGAACUGGCUAUCGAGUUGUAUGGAAAGGCGGUAGAAACUAUUCUGUCUAUCGAGGAUCGAGGAAAGCGGGAGAAGUUAAAUAAAUUCGCUAAACAAGCGCUGGAACGGGCCGAGGAGCUGAAGGGCAUCAAGUAUGUGCCGCCUGCGGAUGUCACGGUAUCUCGUGGAACAACUACUGCUCAUCCAGUGCGAAGUAGUGCUAGCAGAGCUAGCCCAUUGCAAAGCCCCAAACUGGAAGUAAGUGGGACUCGCAUUGCAUACACCAGUGAGGAGAAGAAAGUGCUGGAGCACACGUCUCACAUUAACUCGAAAAUUUACGUGCCAUUUAUGGACAUUGAUUUGAUGGAAAAGUUCAUAUUUCCGAUUCCAUUUUCCGACAAGGAUGGUUUUCUGGAGCUGGCACCGAAGCAGAAGCGAGAUUUUGUCCAAUGGAUACGGGUUAGCGAUCUCUGCGAGAAACCGCUGCUUAUUGCCGGUGAUCACGCGGAUUUUUACAGCAUUCGACAGACGGUGGUUUCGGAUUGUAGUUUUGUUGCGUCGCUGGCUGUGGCUUCCCUGUACGAGAAGAAGUUCAACCGUAGGAUUCUAACGUCGAUUAUAUAUCCGAGAAACAGCCGAGAUGAACCGAUUUAUAAUCCUAGCGGGAAGUACUCGGUUCGGAUGCAUGUCAAUGGGAUUCCGAGGAAGGUGGUGAUUGAUGACUAUUUGCCACUGGGGAGGCAUAAUCAGUUGCUUUGCUCUUACUCGAGUAAUAAGAGCGAAUUUUGGGUUUCCUUGCUUGAAAAGGCUUAUAUGAAGCUUAUGGGUGGUUAUGAUUUUCCUGGUUCUAAUAGUAACAUCGAUCUGCAUGCGUUGACAGGAUGGAUCCCGGAGCGAGCAUCAAUUCGUCCAAAAGAUUCGGAUUUUAACGCCGAUGCAGUUUUCAAUCGCCUUAAGGAAGGUCUCGCCGCUGGGCGGUGUCUGGUAACUGCUGCUACCGGAGAUCUAUCUGAUGCAGAGGCCGAACGAACUGGAUUAGUCUCUACUCAUGCCUAUGCAGUUCUUAGCAUGCGAGAGAUCGAUGGGGUAAAGUUACUUCAGUUGAAAAAUCCUUGGUCUCACCUACGGUGGCGCGGAAACUAUUCCGAGCUCGAUGCUGUUCAUUGGACUCCGGAAAUGCAGGAAUUGUUGGAUUAUGAUCCCAAACUAGCGGCGAACUAUGAUAAUGGCGUGUUUUGGAUUGAUUACAACUCGAUUUUGAACUUUUUUGACGUGUUCUAUUUGAACUGGGACCCGGCACUGUUUCAGUAUACUUACAGCAUACAUCAGUCGUGGAACGCGGGAGUUGGACCGAUGAAGGAUGCGUACAAUGUCGGUGAUAAUCCCCAGUUCAGCUUGACUGUGCCAGCGGGUAAAGGCUCCGUUUGGAUUCUGUUAACACGGCACAUUACCACGAUUGAAGAUUUUCGCGAGAAUCGAGAAUACAUCACAGUUUUGGUGUAUACAAACAACGGCAAGAGAGUUUACUAUCCUUCGGAUCCUCCCCCUUACAUCGAUGGCGUACGAAUUAACAGCCCGCACUAUUUGUGUAAAAUUCGACUAGAUCAAAGUUCCGUUCGGAAGUACACUCUUGUGAUAUCACAAUACGAAAAAACGGCAACAAUCUAUUAUACGUUGCGGGCUUAUUGUCGAGAUAAGUUCGAUUUGAGAAAAAUCGACAAUCAAUUUCAGACGGUGGAGAAUAUCAAUGGCGAAUGGAAAGGACGCUCGGCUGGUGGUUGUCCGAACCACCCGCUUACGUACAAAAACAACCCCCUGUACAGACUGCAUGUGGGCCCGAAAGACACCAGUCAGCUGGUAGCCGAGCUUCGGGGUCCCAAAGUUUACCAAGUUGGGCUGGAACUGACAGUCGUCUCGCUGGAGGAUACAGAAGUGACGGCACCGUUCAUAUCGCAAACCACCGGAAGCUACCGGUCCGGUUUCUGUGUACUAGAUUUGGAAAACAUUCCAGCGGGAGUAUAUCAGUUGCGUCCGUCCACGUUUCUACCUGACCAGGAAUCGCCGUUUUUCCUCAAGUUGAAAUGUACAACGAAUUUGGUUGUGGAGAAAUUGAAUUGAUAAGAGGCGAUAUGUACUAUAAGGUUCGCUGCGCGGGCAAAUGUUAUUCGUUUAGGAAUGCUUGCAAAGUUAUUUCUCAAUCAUUUGUUUUGUUUUAUCAUAUGUAAUGCCUAUAUUUAUAAAAUUGAGAAUAUAAUUAUGUUCACUUUUAAUUCAUA